CAGCGCUAGUCCCUCCCACUCCCGCCCCACCCACUCGCUGACUCUAGGCUUCAGGAACUAGAUGCGCACGCGCCGCAGAGAAGGCCUGGUCAUAUCGUGCGCCUGCGCUGGAGAGCCGCCUCGCCUUGCCCCGCCUCUUCCCUCCCUAUAAGUCUGUCGAGAUUCUCCUCGCGAGAGACUUCGUUCAUUCAUGCUCGCGGCCGGGGUCGGAGGUCACAGUGAGCGUCUAGGAGGCCGAAGGAGGAAGAUGGCAGUGGAGUCCCGCGUCACCCAGGAGGAAAUUAAGAAGGAGCCGGAGCAGCCCAUUGACCGAGAGAAGACGUGCCCUCUGCUUCUGCGGGUCUUCACCACUAAUAACGGCCGACAUCACCGAGUGGAAGAGUUCUCCCGCGGAAACGUGCCUUCGAGUGAGCUGCAGAUCUACACCUGGAUGGAUGCAACCUUGAAAGAAUUGACUAGUUUAGUAAAAGAGGUCUACCCAGAAGCUCGAAAGAAGGGUACACACUUCAAUUUUGCUAUUGUUUUCACAGAUGUUAAAAGACCUGGUUAUCGAGUGAAAGAGAUUGGCAGUACUAUGUCUGGCAGAAAGGGAACUGAUGACUCCAUGACCCUACAGUCACAGAAGUUCCAAAUAGGAGAUUAUUUGGACAUAGCAAUCACUCCUCCAAAUCGGGCACCACCUCCCUCAGGGCGCAUGAGACCAUAUUAAACUUUGUUUACAAUUUCUUGCAUUUGUUUGACAUUGUGUCAAUAUCAGCUCUUUAUUGCCUUUAAGCUUUGGAAGCCCUAAACCUAUUUUUAAAUCAUUUGUUUUAAGAAUUAAAACCUUGGCUCUGUUUUGGUGGUUGUGCAAAUAUUGGCAGAUGAGGGGCUAUGUUUCAAAUCUUGUGUAAAAUAUAAGAACAUAAAAGUGCUCUUAGCAUUCUCAUUGAAAGUGUCUUGCUAAAAUACACUUGUGCAAUUGAACUGA